UACGUGAGUUCAAACACGUCGCAGCUGUGUGCGUGUUUGUUUAGUGCAUUUCGUCGUUUUAAAAGUUCAACAUAAGAAUCUCGGAAAGGUGAAUAUUCCAAUUUGUCGGCUAAUUCCACCAAGUUCUUCCGAGCAAUUGUCUACCUUGCCAAGCAAAAAGUGUGCAAUGAUUUUAAAGAUUCUUCGUAGCAGUGGUACCCGGCUUAUCGCACGGCAAAUGCACGGUAAAGUUGGUACCAGUACCAGUAUGAAGACAUCUGUGAUAAGGUUAAUUGGAGGUGCCGUAUGCAUUGGUGGAACUACCGCCGCUCUAGCAUACCAUUGGCUGUACCGGCAUGAGGUCCAAAUGGCAGCCAUUGGGUCCAGUGGCAAAUUUGCCAGCGUUUCCCGAUAUAUGGCCGAACCGAUCACCAACCGGCAGGUGCUUGAUGCGAACCGAAACGACAUGAAGUGUCGCAUGGAAGAGCUAGUGAUGCGGAUACAGCACAACUUUUGCCGUUCCCUAGAAGCGGAAGAAAACUUCGGCAAGAAAUUUCUCGUCGAUCGCUGGGAACGAAAAGAGGGUGGCGGUGGUAUUACCUGUGUCCUGCAGGAUGGAGAUGUGUUCGAAAAAGCCGGUGUAAAUAUAUCUGUGGUUCACGGCAAUUUGCCAAAGGGCGCCAUUCAGCAAAUGCGCUCCCGCGGAAAACAGCUGGCGGAUGGAGAGCUUCCAUUUUUCGCCGUGGGCGUAAGCGCUGUAAUACAUCCGCGUAAUCCGAUGGUUCCGACGAUCCAUUUCAACUACCGAUACUUCGAAGUCACUGACUCUGCUGGUCAGAAACAGUGGUGGUUUGGAGGUGGUACGGAUCUCACACCAUACUAUCUAAACGAGACAGAUGCAGAGCACUUUCACCGCACACUGAAGGAAGCGUGUGAUCCCCAUGACCCCACGUACUACCCACGGUUCAAGGAGUGGUGCGACAAAUAUUUCUUUAUACCGCAUCGUAACGAGAGCCGCGGUGUCGGUGGCAUUUUCUUCGACGAUUUGGACGGGCCGGAUGCUGAACGAGCGUUCGAUUUUGUAUCCUCCUGCGCACAUUCCGUAGUGCCUUCGUACCUGCCGUUGGUUCGACAACACAAAAAUGACUCGUAUGGCGAUCGCCACCGGCAGUGGCAGCUAUUGCGACGUGGUCGUUAUGUUGAGUUUAAUCUCAUAUACGAUCGUGGAACUAAAUUUGGUUUGUACACGCCUGGCGCCAGAUACGAAAGCAUUCUAAUGUCGUUGCCACUGAAUGCGAAAUGGGAGUACAUGCAUAUUCCCGAAAAAGGUACGGAAGAAGCGGCUAUUAUUGAGGUCCUUCAGAAACCUAAGAAUUGGCUUAAGCUGUAAAACUGGCCCAAAAAACACCUGAUGAGAACAGAAUAGAAAACAAGUUCAAACUCGAUGGAAGCUGUGGCAUACACUGAGAAACAGUUAAAUUUGUGAGAUAUAUAGUUGAAGGCGUACAUUGUGUACCACAUCGAAGUUAGGAACAAAAUGUUAUUUUUUUAUAUGCAAA